ACUCAUUGCUGGGCUAACAAUUUUCAAGUUUUUCAUUUUCAGGAAUUUAUGAUUGACCUAUCUUUACAGAUAUGGCAGUUUACUGGAUCGCCCAUUUUACACCUCCAUGAAAACUUGGUGKACUGCAGUUCAUCUUCAGUUAUUGACACUACCUCACCUAAAACAGAGAAGCUCAAAGAAACCAAAAACCAAYUUUCGAACCUUUUUACAAGACUCAAUGUUCUAUUAGAAAUAUGUGGAAUUGAACUUCAGCACCAACAACUUGAUAAAGUUAAAACUUCAAGAGGAAAAGUAGUGAUUGACAGAGACACCUGGGAAAAAAUGAAUGAUGCACUGGAAAAAGAAAACACUGUUGACAGCUCAUUUGAUGAUCUAGUGCAACGCUUUCAACUUGCAUUGUACCACCACUACACAGCCAACAAUGAUUCCCCGCUCUACAGUCCACAGUCGAUGAGAGAAUUUACAAAAAGUCAUGUACCUGGGUUGUAUGAUCUGGUCUUAAAAUCUAUAUCCAGGGAAGAUGCCCGCCUCAGUGAGGAAUAUACUGCUGUCCAAGAACAAAGAACUGUUGUUUUGUUGCACACACUUGCCUAUUUCAGAUCACAAAAAACUUGCUCACUCCAGAAAGAUGAAGGCCUUUUUCUCCAAGAGCAUGGAGCCUCACGUUCUGCCAUAAAUGCUGGAAGGGUCCUUGGCUUUAGCACCAGUCCAAGGAAUGUUGAUCAACAAAAGCAGCAGCUAAUCCACACCUACCCAGGAGCAACAACAUAUAAUGGCUGCUAUCAAGGUCAGGAGAUCUUGAAGAAUACACUGAGACAAUGAUGCGGCUAAUGGUUUUGUUCAUAAUCUGGAGAAGAAAACAUUACAAUCGAUCAACAAUAUCAAUGCUAAGUGAUUUAUGGUACCGUAAAAAAUAUUUUUCAACUUACUACAAGAUGAAACAACUUUGGAUGACUCUUAUUA